GCCAGCUGCAGAAGUGAAACAGGACAGAAGCUCUUUAUAAUUACAUUUGCAAUACCACCGCGCCACGACUUGCAACUGACAAUCGUACGAAGCAAAAGGGAGGCUAACGGAGGCAGAAAAGACCAAGACGGUGCCAUGCUGGCUGAAGGUUUCCUCAGAGUGCUGCGUUACAGGGAGGAGAGAAAGUUUGCCUCCACUUACAAGCAAAAGAACCGCCAGAAAACCCCUCAUUAUUCUGACUCUACUCUGACUGACUCCACAGACCGGCAGAGGCUUUCAGCACAAACAGGGCCAAACCCAGAAGAGCUUGACUCCACUGACGCCCAGCUGCUCCACGGUUCUGUCGGCCUCUCCAUCCCUGGAAGUUCACCUGCCAACACCCUGCACGCUGUUUGUAUAGAAGACUGCAGCCUCCUGGAACAGUAUCCAGACCUGCAGGUGGCUGAUUCAGGCCGCAUCUCCCAAAACCCUCUGAGAAACACCCUCAUCCAGCACGAUCCUUACAUCCAUUGCCCCAUCCCGGACAUUUACCCAGAACCUGCAGCCCUGCAGGAGCCACCAGGCGAUGCAGGGUCAUCCAUACCGGACCAGGGUUAUCUGGUGAUGGGGGCCAGCGUGAACAUCAGCCUGGACCUGCCCGGAUCCGGCUUGGAGCCCAUGUCUAACUCCGUGCUGAACGGGCUGCUGGAGAAGCAGCUGGAGGAGGUUUACAUGCAGCAUCUGACCGACAACUUGGCCCGAUGCAACUCCCACCUGGGGAACAGCCUCCUGCACGGCCUGGUGCCGCCGCCGCAGCCCGGCCGGCCGCCCCGAGGGCCCGACUCACUGGAAGCAAGUCUGGAGGCAAGCUCAGAAGACAACCGCAAUAAAAUCAGCUACCUGAGCACCCAGAACUUAGUGCCCUGCUCAUCCAACUUCAGCUCCCCGGUGCUGAGGAUUUCAGAGUCAGACAACCCUCACCUGCAAUGAAAACUAGUAAACGUAGCGCUCAGCUUCCUGUUUUCGCUUCUUUUCCUCACACCACUGUUUACACAUGUAUAGAGGUGACAAAACAAGUGCAAUUCACUAUAUCAGUGCUAUUUUUACACAAUGCUUUGUUGACUUGCUUAAUGAAAGGAUGCCUUACAGUUUGCUGCUUUCAUAUGCCAUCUGCUGUUAGACUUCAGUACUGCACUGUCAUUCAUUCAAAUCUGUUUUAUUGAAAUUACAGCUGGGAGUUUGUACAUAAAGUGUUUAAUAUGUUAAAGCAAGCUGCAAUCCAGUAUUAGAUUAUAUUUGUUGCUGCUUUGAUUUCACUCAUUGGCAAGCACCAGCCUCUUUCUUUUCAUUUGUUUUGAUGCAAUUUACUUGUUUACUUCCCUGAAGUCAUGAAUAAAAGUUGGAUUUUCAGAAGUA